AUGUCCAAAGCACCCCUUCUGCUGCUGUGUCUUGCCCUGGUGCUACCUGGGCAUAUGCACAGAGCCACGCUGAGAAAUGAAGACAAAUGGAAUUCACUCAACAACCCCAGAAACCGAGACCUGUUUUUCAGAAGCUUUCAGGCAUAUUUUAAGGGCAGAGGUCUUGCUCUUGAGAGGUUUCCAGAUACUUUCUCCGUCAGUGAGAAUCCCAGACCUCUCUCUUUCCCAUUAGAACUUAUUGCUUCUGCAUUUGUAGAUUACGAAGAACAGAAAAACUCAUUUCCCAAUGACCUCAACAGCUGA